AUGGAACGUUUGCAUCAUCCAAAUAUAAUACGUUUAUAUGAAGUUAUUGAAACACCGAAUGAAAUUUAUAUUGUUAAUGAAUAUGCGCCCGGUGGAGAACUUUACACACGUAUAUCAAAAGAAGGAAAAUUUAUUGAAGAUGAAGCCAAACCUAUAUUUGCUCAAAUAACUGCAGCUGUUGAUCAUGUGCAUAAAAAGGGUAUUAUUCAUCGUGAUAUUAAAAGUGAAAAUGUAUUUUUUGCUAAAGAACGUUUAAUAAAAUUGGGUGAUUUUGGUUUUAGUACGUUUUCAGAAAAAAAUCAAACAUUAACGACAUUUUGUGGUAGUCCACCUUAUGCAGCUCCAGAAUUAUUUCGUGAUGAAAACUAUAUUGGAAUUUAUGUGGAUUUAUGGGCUAUGGGAAUUUUACUCUAUUUCAUGGUUACUGGUUUAAUGCCAUUUCGAGCAGAAAAUGUUGGUAAACUAAAAAAAGCUAUUCUCGAAGGACAUUAUUCAAUACCAGCACAUGUAUCAGAUGAAUGUCAACAACUUAUACGCGGUCUUCUUCAUCCUGAAGCUGUCCAACGCUGGUCGAUAGAACAGAUACGUUCAUGUUCAUGGCUUAGUAAUCAAAAUUUUCCUGAUGAACUUGAACCACUCCCAUUAAAUUUAACGAACUUUUGGACAUCUGUAAAUAAAGAUUUAAGUAAAAAUGAAAGUACAAAUAGUAUAUCUGAUUCAAUACCACCAACAUCGUCAUUUGAAUAUGAAGCUCAUUCAAAAUUAGAAGAUUUAGGUAUAACAAGUGAAUUAUUACAAACAACAACUAAAAAUUCUAGUAAUAAAUUUCAUUCCAAUCGUGAUAGUAUUAAUGGUACAUAUCGUAUCAUUUUACAUCGUUUACAAAAACAAUCAAAUCCAAUUGAACGUGAUGAUUUUUAUGGUAAAACAAUCAAUGAAGAUUUAUCAACAUCAUGGGGUCGUUCAAUGUCGGUUACUGGCGAACCCGGUGGACGAAGAGAUUCAUUUGGAAAACCCAGUAGUGUUUCAUAUGGAGGAACAGGUAUAAAAUCAAAACGAACCACAAACAGCACUUAUCAACGUCAAUUAGCAGAUAUAAAUGCUCAACAUCCGACGAAAGUCUGUGUGAUUUUAUGA